AUAUGAUAGUCUGUUGAGAGCCGAAAAUCAGAUUCAGAAUCGCAAUAGCACAGCUAGGACGUCAAAGAAGUAGUGUAUGUAGAAUCUUGGUUAUAAGAGGUUUUGAUUUGUCAUUAAUUUUUCAUCACUGCAACUCCGGCUGGUCCUGUGCUAUCGGCGCGUACGUAUAUCCAUCGUGAUCCAAAUGUUGCGUGGUCAGCAUUUCAUGGGGAUAUGGUUUUUGGUUUUCAUCUUAUCACAACUAUGCAGCAUCAGUUUUUCAGUCUCUGUAGGACACUGGUCUUGCGACGAUGACGCCUUAACGGCGUUCAUCAGUCCCAGGAGUUAUGAAAACCUCACAGAAGAACAGGCGAGGACCACUUUCAAUGGGUUUACAAAUUCCAAGUUACUGACAAGGGCCGCAACUACUACGCAAUGUUUCCAGGAAUACUAUGCUCACAUCAAUCCAUCACAGCCAACCCCAAUAUGGCUAAUGGGGGGCACCACUGCAUCAUGCUACCCACAGCUGAUUGUCUGUCCCAAAAGAAUGAGAUUAAUCCUACAGUACAAUUUCGUGACUCAACCCAGCUACUGUUCCAGUGCAGAAAUGGUAGACAACGCGUUUGUCACGUACCCGUCAGGUAGAAGACAUCCUUCUGAAGCUUUAGUAACAUGUGACAGUCAGAGUUACCUGGUGGGGUCUGCCACAGUCAGCUGCCAAUCGAAUGGAGAAUGGUCCACAUCACCCAAAUGCGAACGAUUCAAAUGCUCCUAUAAGCCGGGUAUAGCCAACGGGAAGUUCAGUUCUACAGGAGUGCUCGAGGGCGAUAAGGCAAAGGUGGUGUGCAAUGAAGGCUUUCAUCUGGAUGCUGGCAUGGACAGACAGUACACCUGUGAUCAUGACGGCUGGCCCAACGUUUCAUCCUCUUGCAAGCGAAUCACGUGUCGAAGCCCAAACAGAUCGAGGAAUACAAACGUGCUUCCGCAGAGAGCAGCCUUCGUCUACAAUGAAGUUGUGAACUUCUCCUGCGCUGUGGGGUACUCUCUGGUGGGAGCUGCCACAGCGACAUGCAAGCGUUUGGGGUGGACCCAGAUUCCCCAUUGCGAAAAAAUCGGUUGCGUGGCCAAUAUCAACAACACAUCAGGGUACUUGGUGUUCAGCGGUCUGACUAGCGGCAGUACAGGUAGAUUACACUGUUAUGCAGGCCACGAAUUGCGGGGAGAUCCCACCACGAUCUGUGACGAGUGGGGUGACUGGAGGUCAAUCAAAGGCCACUGUGAAGCCAUGUCCUGCAGACCACCACAGCUGAACGACUUCCUCCGCAUAGAGAAUGAGACUGGCAAUAGGUCUUACCGUCUGAAAGAAGUGGUUUAUUUCUCCUGUGCUGAGGCGUACAUACUGAGAGGAAAAAACUGGACAGUAUGCACUGAGCAUGGCAGAUGGACUCAAGUUCCGUACUGCAUUGAGAUAUCGUACCCGUUUGUUACUGUCCAACCUGGAACGCCGCAUAGCGGACAGCAGCCAGACUGGAAGAGUGUUGGCGGAAGCAGAGCAAUACUAGUUGCAAUUGCCUUCUGCGGAGCAACAGCAUGCGUCAUGGGUAUAGCGUUGUUUUUGUCCAGCAGAGGGAUCAUGCCCAAGGCAAUACCAAGACUGCUAGGGAGGUUGGAGACCCUGCCACGGCAGUUGGCGGAAAGGUUCACAAAUCUCACACCAUCCAGCCCUAACCCCGUCACUGCUAGUACGACGUCCACACUGCCAGUUGUCACCUACUCUAACAGUCACUGUUCCUCAGCAAUGCCUAACUCUAGGACAUUUGCCAGUGAUGAUGGUACCAGCAAUCCAGGUCGCGAGCGUGAGAGCUCCCACGAAUUACAGUCCCAGCAUGUUCACAGCUCGAUCGCACUUCUGGGCGUCGUACACAGACCCCAGGCAGAAGAUGAUGUGUACGCGACGGUCGAUGCACCCACUGAAGGGAACGAGGGAGAUUCUGUCCAAGAUAGCUCACCCUAUGAAGCCAUAUACUCCCAGGUGAAGAAGAUUGGGAGCGCACAAAAUCAACAGCAGGUCGCACCCAAGUACGCCGAGGUCAAGAAAAAAACACAGCCCGAAGUCAAUCCAGUGAAUACAUCACAAGCAUCUGUGAGCAAUGAUCUGUAUAGUAAGGUGAACAAAUGUCGUACAUAGAUAUCUAUGUAGUCACAACCAACUCUGGCCGUAAAUGCAUGGCUUACAUGUGCAUCUUCAUCUCACGAAUGUUAAGCAAUGACCACAUUCAGCACUUAGUCAAUGUCAAUUGUAUCUACUCACACUUGUUUAAUGAACUCCAAGCUAGCAAUCAAUAAUAGACUGUGGUGCUACCUAAUUCCGCCAAUGCAACGUAAACGAAUUUAUGAUAUCACUCCUCCUUAUAUCCACUUUCAGUGAAUGAAAAUUACCUCUUGUCAUCAAGCCAUUUAUAAGGAUUUCUAUCCGUUUAGAGCAUUCUUUGCCAAACUACAUCAUACACUCAUAAGUAAAAUAUAACAUUGAACAUUUUCUGGUUUGAGGGAAAGACACAAAUGGGAAAAGAAUUAUGAACUGGUCGUAUACUGCCGGCAUAAACAAAUCAUACGCUGUUUAUUUUUUUCUUCAUACAAUUAUCCUCUUCAUUUGUGUUAACAUCCUUUAUCUUUGCAAAUUGUGUUUUGUUGCCCGUAAAAGAGGCUUUUGUAACAAA